AAAUACAUUUUACGCUUUCCUGUCGCGGCCUGCGUGGUGUCGGCUCUUGGGUUUCAGAGACCUGAAUAUUAAGAGCAUUUUUACACCCCAGGGGCCGCUAGUGGCGACUCUGCGGCCAUCACCAUGCCACAGAACGAAUAUAUAGAAUUACAUCGUAAACGCUAUGGAUACCGUUUGGAUUACCAUGAGAAAAAGAGAAAGAAGGAAAGUCGAGAGGCUCAUGAACGUUCAAAGAAGGCAAAGAAAAUGAUUGGUCUGAAAGCUAAGCUUUACCAUAAACAGCGCCACGCUGAGAAAAUACAAAUGAAAAAGACUAUCAAGAUGCAUGAAAAGAGAAACACCAAACAAAAGAAUGAUGAGAAGACUCCACAGGGAGCAGUACCUGCCUAUCUUCUGGACAGAGAAGGACAAUCUCGAGCUAAAGUACUUUCCAAUAUGAUUAAACAGAAACGAAAAGAGAAGGCGGGAAAAUGGGAAGUCCCUCUGCCUAAAGUCCGUGCCCAGGGAGAAACAGAAGUAUUAAAAGUUAUUCGAACAGGAAAGAGAAAGAAGAAGGCAUGGAAGAGGAUGGUUACUAAAGUAUGCUUUGUUGCAGAUGGCUUUACAAGAAAACCACCUAAAUAUGAAAGAUUCAUAAGGCCAAUGGGCUUGCGUUUCAAGAAAGCCCAUGUGACACAUCCUGAACUGAAAGCCACCUUUUGCCUACCAAUACUUGGUGUAAAGAAGAAUCCCUCAUCCCCACUGUAUACAACUUUGGGUGUUAUUACCAAAGGUACUGUCAUUGAGGUAAAUGUGAGCGAACUGGGCCUUGUGACGCAAGGAGGCAAAGUUAUUUGGGGAAAGUAUGCCCAGGUUACGAACAAUCCUGAAAAUGAUGGAUGCAUAAAUGCAGUCUUACUGGUUUGACAGCAAUUUAAUAUAUAAUUAGAGGACUACACACCAAUUGGAAAAACUGCCAUUACUGUAAUGUUUCUGAAUACUACCAAAUAGCCAUACAUGUCUGCAAUCAAGAGAUUUAUUGUAAACAUUAAAAUGGUCCCACUGUAUAAA